AUUAAACCCUGCCUUUAUCUCGUUUGACUCGGUCCUCCUGAGCUCUGAGUGGUGCUGUCUCCUCUGUCACUGCGUCUUCUGCCUCUUCUCCGGCAGCAGCAGCGGACUCUCCGGGCCCAGGCAGCCGCGUCUCAGUGCCCAAGAGCCGGGCACUGUCCCUCCACGGCCCCGCUGCAACCACCGGCCCAGCGGAGACCAAUCACAGGGACAGAGUGGACAGAAGGUGACUUGGGACAGCUGAACCCAAGGGCGGCUUAUGGUGAUCCUACCCCGGCCUGUGGUGCUGUGGACCUCCGUGUUUUGGCUCUGAGGGUGGUUGUACGCGCCGGAGCCUUGGAGGAGAGACUGUGGGGAAGCGGUGACGCGCACUUGCCAGAGCCGUCAGACGAGGAAGUCGAGCGGGCUACAAACACGCCCAUUUUUGCAGCCUGUAGUGUCCACCCCGCUGAAAAACGAGAUCUGUUCAUCACGUAGCAGCUGCGGGGGACGCGGUCAGACAUGCAACCCGUUUGUGAUGGCGCACGGCGGGAUUAACGUGGACCGCACCAGGCCCCUUUGCGCAGAUCCCAAAUCUGUUGAAGUAUGGAGCGGGAAACAGGUGCCCGUCAGAGCCAAUCAGAGCCCAAAGAGUCGUCCAAUGGGAGUCAGCCUAUGUCUACUGACCCCACCCCUUCCUCCUCCACUUCCUCCUCUGGCCCCGCCCCUUCUCCGGUGACCCCCACGCCCCCUCGCCUCACCCCAAACCCUUUGCUAUUGGACAGUCCCACCGCGACCAUGUCUACUCCUAUCACCUGCUCCCCUCCUCCCCCCCUCACCCCGGCUCCUUCUCUCUCCACUUCUGCACACGUCACUAAAUCUGCCACCCCCACUUCGCCACACCUGUUGGUCCCGGCUCCGCCCAAACUCACCUCCACAGCUACACCUGCCCUCCGCACCUACGCCCGCCCCAUACUGCCCUUGCCAGCUAAAACCCAACCCCAAAACUCCAACUCUACUACUGCUACUACUGCUAUUACUACUACUGCUACAUCCAUCACAAACUCUUCCACUAUUUCUGCUACAACUACUUCCUUAGUGACCAAAACCUCCAGCAGCUCUUUGACCAAUGGCAGCGCGAAGACAGUUGCCACGACGACCUCUACUCCAAUCACGCCUUUCCACACGCCAGCAAGCCCACCUGGACGACAGGUGUCUCAGUCUCUACCUGUGAGCUCACCUGGGCUGGCUCGGGCCAAUCAGAACGCAGCACCUGUUCGUCAGAGACUGUCCCAACAGACUCUGCUCCUGGGGAAAGGCCUCAGAGGAGCGGGACAGGACCAGGUCCUGCUCCGAGCGCAAAUGUUGAUCCUCACGUCUGCUAUGAGACCCUCCUCUUCCUCCUCUUCCUCCUCUUCUUCUCAAUCCACUCCUGCCUCCGCCCAGUUACAGAGUCUGACGCUGCGCCCUCCUCCCCCUGGAGCUCUCACCAUCCCUCCUUCACUGCGUCUCAAACCUCCCUCAUCCACUUCCUCCUCUGUGGCCCCGCCCCCUCCACUGUCCCGCCCACAAACCGCACUCUUCCCGCCCCUAAGGCCACGUCCAGUCACCACGGCAACCACUGACAACAUCACCACGACGUCCACGCCCAGUCGCCACCUGUCCGUUCCGCCACCAACCCUGUACUCUCGGGCCGUCCCUCUGAGACCCAGACUGCUGUCUCCAAAUGGACUCCGCACCCCAACUCCAAAACCAUUCCACCCAAUUGCUGCUGCUGCUGCUCCGCCCUCCACCUCCACCAUAACCCCACCCACCUCCAUAAGCCGGCCAAUCACGGGACUCAAAACCCAGUCUCUCCUCUCCCCGGGGCCACCUCCUACCUCCUCCUGUUUUGAGCGGUCCCCCUCUGCUGCACGCCAACUGCAGAUCAUAGCUCUAUCUUCUGGUCGCCAACUCCAAAAUGCUAAUGCCACGCCGCAAAAGUUAGCGGUACAUUCAGAUAGCAAAACGGUGCUUCCUCUCAGCCCUACAUUAGGGAAAAGAAGCUCGCCACUACCCUCACCAACUUCCCAGAAAGACAAAUUAAAACAAGAAAAAACUGAGGAUGUAGACAAAGCACCUAAAGACUUCAAAGCAGUAAUUGUUGACCAAAGAGAGAAGGAAAAAUCAAAAGUUGCAACUGAAAAAGAUGAUAUUAUCAUGGCAAAAAAACCUAGACUGGAUGAAAAAAUUAGUAGUGAUGCAAUGGAUGUUACGGAGCAAUCACAAAGUGGUAAAAAACAAGAAGAAGAAAAGAAAAUGGCCGACGUUGCAGUCGAGGACCAAUCCAAAAAAGUACAAAAUCGUGAUGAAGCUAAAGACUCUAAGAAUGAGACAAAACCAAGGAUUUCAGAAGCUAAUGCUCUAACAUCGCCACUCAAAGCUAUCCCAAGUCCUACACAAAAGUCAAGCCCCGUGGCCGUUUCCAUAGCGUCCCCGGUAAGGACUCAAGUAACUAUGGCUACCACAGCAUUGUCAGGAGGACCAAACCAGAGUCCAGUUCCGUCAGCAGUUCCUGUAUCGUCCCCGGUUCAAGAGACCAAUCAGAGCCAUCCGAGCAGAUUUAAUGAGCUGCAUUCAACCAAUCAGGAUGACAACCUCUCCGUGCAUUCCGACAACCAAUCAGCUCUGUCCAGUCUGUCAUCCCAGUCUCCCCCCUGCUCCCCCUUCAUCUCCCCCGCAACGGAGCCCUCUCUCCCCCCUCCCCAACCUCCAGACCACCCCACAGACCUUAGCCAUAAACCAAACCACACCCAAAACCAUGAUACUCCGACCCAACCAGAGACCCUCAACCAAUCAGAGGAGGAGGAGGGGGAGGAGGCAGAGAGCUUCGACCAAUCAGAAGUCUGUCCAUGGGAGCCGAGAGCGUGGCCAGAGGGGCAACAAGUGCUCACUCACCUGGUGGAGGGCUUUGUGAUCCAAGAGGGGCUGACACCAUUCCCAGUGAACCGAUCGUCUUUACUGGUCCCAGAUCAGGUGCCCAAACCACAGGAAGUGAACGGGACCAAUGGGACCGCAGCGUUACCGGUCACCACGGAAACUAGGAAGCAGCCCGAGCACUCAACGGACUCAGAGGAGGAGGAGGAGGGAGGAGAGCCAGACGACCACAACUCCUCCACAACAAGACCUCCUCAGAGGGACCGCGCUGUGCUGCACUGUCAGUUCUGUGGGAAACGAGGCCACGCCCACAACUUCAUGAGGUCCAAACGCUUCUGCUCCACCUCCUGCGCUCGCGGGUUUAAUGUCCGUCUGACGAAGCGACUCCGGGCUCUGAGCGCAGGGAGUCGCACUGAUCGACCUCGUCCUGUUCUGAACAGAGCCGAGUCUGUGCCCGGGAAACCACUGCUGCUCAGACUGCCUAAAGAUCUGUGGAGUGCCGGUCGCAGAGAGAAAGAGGUGAGAGAGAAACCUCCUCCAGCUCCAGUAGAAGAGGACAUGGAGGUGGAGGCUGGAGCAGAGGAAGAUGAUGGAGACGAUGCACCUGAAGAAGAGGAAGAGGAGGAGGAAGAAGAGGAGGACGAGGAGGAGCCUGCUGCCAUGACAACAUCCCCCCAUAGCAACAACAGCAUCAACCACAACAACAACCACAUCUCCCACACCAACAGCAUCACUCAUAACAACAGCCUCUCCCAUGGUAACACACAGACAGAGGGUGUAGCACAGCAGCGUGUCCAGAGGAGGGCGUCUGCACCGGCCGUGACCUCGACGUUCAGACCGGCACCGUCCCAGUGGAGCGUGGAGGAAGUGACAGCGUUCAUCAACACUCUGCCAGGCUGUGGGGACGUGGCAGAGGCUUUCCGAGUGCAGGAAAUUGACGGCCAAGCACUGCUCCUCCUCACCGAAGACCACCUAAUGACGAGUAUGAACAUAAAACUAGGGCCAGCACUCAAGAUCUGCGCACACAUCAACUCACUCAAGAACCAGUGAUGGACCAAAACCACCUUCAAGACAAAAAUAUGGAAACAUUUUGACGAAAAGACUGAAGCAAUAUACUGUACAUGUGAGACAGAAGGGGAGGUUUUUAUAUAGAGAGACAUGGAGAGGAAAAACGAAAGAGUAGAUGGGGAAUUGCAAUAAAAUGAGCGUAAAAUAAGCUGAGACCAAGGACAAUAUUGACGAUUAUUGGGUUGAAUAGGUUGUGUUCAUGUUCUAUAAUUUCACAUGGAGGACAGGGACAUGUCUAAAGGUGCUGUACCAGAUUUUUACUGUCUUAUAAACGUGAAAAACAUAACUAGUCUAUUUUAAGUGGUUUGCUGCAGUCGAAACUUCUUACUUUUAUAAGUGCUUUUCGCAACUUUCAAAAGCCAGAGCAGAGUAAACAGUAAAGGUAAUAAAACUAGCAUGGUAAGAGUGCACUUACUAACUCUCUUAGUAGAUGCGAACAGGACACAGAGGUCUUACUUUUACCUCAGCAGCAGCUUGUACAUUAUCUCUGUCAGCCCAGUAAUGACAGAGAUAUUAACCAUAAACCAGUUCAACAAAUCUGCAAUCUGACAGUUAAACCGCAAAUUUCACCACACAGCUCUGACCUGUCCUCCAGCUCAGUUUUAAACUAUCCAUGGGUUUCAGUGUGAUGAAAAAUUAGGACCAUUAUCGCAGCAAUUUAUGAUUCAAAACUAAAUAAAGUCCUCAAUAUGGCGCCUAUGAACAGAAAGCUGAAACCCAUGAAUAUUAAUUGUCGAAUUUUCAAAUGUCACAUGAACGUAACCUAUAUGUCAAAAGUCAUGGGAAGAUUUUUUAUUUAUAAUUUUUUUUUUUUUACAUUGAGGGUGAUUUCAAACAUUUAGACAUUUUUAUCCAUCCGUUAAUCCAUCUUUAAAUAUAUCUGGAGCUGGGACACAGAGGCAGCAGUUUGAGUUUGGACUUUUACACCUCCCCUCUUCCCAGACACUUCCUCCAGCUCUUCCAUUGGUUGCCAUGGAGAGUAUUUUAACAGUUUUACCCUAUUAAUGUUCACCAAUUUCAACGAAAAGCAGGAUAUUGUUGGGACUGGUGUUAAAGCCAGUAUAAAGAAUUGUAUUUAUUUAAUUAUUAUGGGAUUUGAUCUCACUGAAAUCCAACAUACGUGCUUGAAUUGCUAAAUAUAUGAACCUCUAAGAACUACUGUGUAAAUAAUAUUGGAUUGAAUAACUGGAUUUGGAACGGAUCUAAACCAUAGAUACUAGCACACUUGUGACUAAACCAGAACUAGAGCUGGACUACAACAGUCAGGACUAAACCUAGAUCAACCAUAGCCCCAUUCACACAUGCAGAUUGACCCGGGAAUUUACCUGCAUUUUGCCAGAACAGGGUCAUGUGUUAACAAAGCCAGAACUGAUUUCCCUGCAUUUUGAUGCAAUUUCCCGGAUAAAUUACCAGGAAUAUGCUGGGAAUGCUAAUGUGUGAAUAAAGCCAUAAAAUUAGGAUUAUUGCUUGGUUUCCUUGGUUACCAGCCUGCUUUCCUGGUUAUGAGCUUGAUUUCAUUGUCACAGCAUUUAGUUACGUUACAUUCUUAAUACGUUUAGUGAAUACCAAACCAGGACAAGCUCAAAUUCAGUUUUUCAACCUCCUCAACGAUCAUUUACACAUAAUUUAUUCGUAAACCAAAUCAUGUCACAACAAUAAAGUUUUAUUUGAAAAAUGAAAACACUUUUAGACUGAAAAUAAUAUCAGAUACCAACGUUUUAUUCCAUAUUGUAACCUGUUAGUACUACUGGUCUCUCCCAUGGCUUUUGACACACUGUUUUAUUGAAUGCCUAUUGAAAUCCUGUUGAAAUGCAUUGGAGGCCUUUGAGACGCACAAGAGCAGAGUCCUUGAUAAAUUUCACAGUUUUAACCUGUAGCAGACGACUGUGGACUGCAAAAAAGAAUACCUAGGUUAAAGGUGCACUAUGUAACUUUUAUGGUGCAGGAUCCGCUAUCUGCUUUGCCUUGAAUGUUCCUAAGUAUGGCAUUAAACUGAUCUCUCUUGCAUUUGUUUAAUUACAGGUGUUUUUAUUACUUUUAUUACAAAAAAAAGCCACAGAUUUUACCUGUAACUUGUCCUGGUGGUGUUGCUUGUCUCCAUGGAGAUAGAUAUGUUUAAUGUCACUCUGUGGAACAUUCCAGGCAAAGCAAUACCUACAUGGAGAAAGGUAGAAGUAGACUCCACCAAAAAUGUUACAUUAUGUGCCUUUAAUUAGAUUAUCUGAUUAUCUUGCAAUUUCUGACUAGAAUUAAUGCAUUUUUUUCUUUUAAUAAGUAAAAUAUCUACCAGUGAUUUUUGUAUUAUUUCAAGUGUCAUUUUCAUAACCUACUGGCAGAUCAUUUUAACUGAAGAAUGAAAAAUUAUAUUAUAAACAAGUCAGAAAUAUCUUAAAAUAAAAUAAAUUUAAUUAAAAUGACUUAAUAUUUGGAACUCAAUUUCAAGCUAUUUUUAGUAUUUACUUUUUGCAGUUUGUGGAUUCUUUCUGUGCACGUCGCUCACUGUUGGAAAGUGUAAAUCUGAAGCUAUUUCCUGAAGGAUUUUGAACAUUUAAUAUAUAAAUUUGUCUCUUUAGUUUUGUUUUUUUCGGACGUGGCGAAAAAGCCUUCUGGCGUAGCUAACAUAACCGCUGUGUGUCCCUGACUAAACUAAACGUAGACUUUGUACGUGGUUCAUGAAUGUUUUCUAUCACUAUAAUCACACCAGGGUCGAGACUGCUGUCUUUAAUCGUCACAUUUUUAUGGUAUCCUGCUUGAAAUUAUUUAAUAAAUGAAGAAUUAAUAA